AUCAGUGGCUGAAGAUCUCAAACUGGGUAAGCCGGUCAAAGCGGAACUGUUUGACCAAGUGACCAUCUACUUCUCGGACAUUGUCGGAUUCACAAACAUUUGCUCGGAAAGUACUCCAAUAGAGGUGGUCAACUUGCUAAACAGUUUGUACACACUGUUUGAUGACAUUAUUACAAGAUAUGACGUUUACAAG